AACUUUAUUUUGCUUGACCAAGAAAUUAAGAACAUAUAUUAGCUGCUUGCUUAUAUCAAAUUAUCAUGAUAUCUCAGCUGAGAAACCAGCAACAAGUCAUCUGAUAUUUCCCUAGAUCAUAGGCAAGUUUAUUGCAUCUUUGUUCAUCCAUGGCCCUUGUAAGAUCUCAAGAAGCCUCCACUUCUGAUACUAACUGUGGUUGUAGUUAUCACGUGUUCUUGAGCUUCAGAGGUGAAGACACUCGCAGGACUUUUACUGACCACCUUUAUACAGCCUUUGUCAAUUCAGGGCUACAAACUUUCCGAGACGAUGAUGAACUUGAGAGAGGGGAAGGGAUCAAGACAGAGCUGGAGAAAGCAAUCCAACAUUCACGAAGUUCUGUCAUUGUGUUCUCGAAAAACUACGCGUCUUCCAAAUGGUGCCUUGACGAGCUUGUGAAGAUCCUUGAACGCAAGAGGGCCUCUGAUGAGCAUGUAGUUUUACCAGUCUUCUAUGACAUUGACCCAUCUGAGGUGAGGAAGCAGACAGGAAGCUUGGCAAAAGCAUUUGCUAGACACCAACAGAACCGAUCUUUGAACAAGGACAGGAUAAGCGGAUGGAGAGCAGCACUUACAGAAGUUGCAGAUCUGGCAGGGAUGGUCUUACAGAAUGAAGCUGAUGGGCACGAGGCAAAGUUUAUUAAGAAAAUUGUUAAAGUGAUUGAAGGCAAGCUAAGUCGCACUCCCUUAAGUGUUUCCCCUUACCUGAUUGGAAUCGAUCAUCGAGUGAAAGACAUUAAUUCAUGGUUGCAAGAUGGAUCCUCCAAUGUUGGCAUAUGUGUAAUUUAUGGGAUUGGUGGAAUAGGGAAGACAACCAUUGCGCAAGUUGUUUACAAUUCAAAUUUUUCAAGAUUUGAAGGAAGAAGUUUCCUUGAAAAUAUAAGGGAAAUUUCUGAACAACCCAAUGGAUUGGUUCAAGUACAAAUGCAACUUCUUUCUGAUAUUCUGAAUGGGAGAAAAGUGAAAAUACACAAUAUUAGUGAGGGGAUCACUAAGAUUAAAGAUGUCAUAAGCUGUAAAAAAGUACUUCUUAUUCUCGAUGAUGUGGAUCAUACGCGCCAAUUAGAUGCGAUACUUAGAAUGAAAGAUUGGUUUUGCCCAGGAAGUAAAAUCAUUAUAACAACUAGGUCUGUGGGGUUGUUAAAGGCUCAUCAAGAUGUUAAGGUGCAUAACCUUGAAACUUUAAAUCAUGUUGAAUCAUUGGAGCUCUUUAGUUGCCAUGCUUUCGGACAGGACCAUCCGACUGGAGGUUACAUGGAACUUUCAGAAAGCAUAGUAAAGCACAGUGGAGGGCUUCCUUUAGCUCUUCAAACUUUGGGUUCUUCUCUAUCAGGGCAAAGUAUAGAUGUAUGGGGAAGUGCAUUAAAGAAAUUGGAAGUUAUUCCAAAUAGUGACAUCAUGAGUAAGCUCAGAAUAAGCUACGAUUCUUUACAAGAUGACCAUGACCAAAAUCUGUUUCUCCAUAUCGCAUGUUUCUUUAUUGGAAAUGACAUGGAUGUUGUUGUCACAAUACUAGAUGGAUGUGAUUUCUUUACAACUGUUGGCAUGCAAAAUCUCAUCGAUAGAUGUUUGGUAACAAUUGACGAGUAUAAAAAGGUGAAGAUGCAUCAAAUGAUUCGUGACAUGGGAAGAGAAAUUGUUCGCCUCGAAUCGAAGCAGCCUGAGAAGCGUAGUAGAUUAUGGCAUCAUAAGGAUUCUCUAAGUGUAUUGAGAGAAAAGAAUGGUUCGAAAAAAGUUGAAGGACUUGCCCUGAACAUGCAUAUGUACCCUGUAGAAAAUCGUUCAAGAAAUUCGAAUAAGGUGGUCUUGGAAACCAUUGCAUUUACAAGGAUGGUGAAACUAAGAUUACUACAGCUUAGUUCCGUACAACUCAAUGGAGGUUAUGAAGAAUUUCCUAAAGGUUUGAGAUGGUUGUAUUGGCUUGAAUUUCCUUUAGAUUCUAUACCCUGUGAUUUUCUUUUGGAGAGCUUGGUUGUUCUUGAAAUGCACUACAGUAGCUUAAGAAAAAUCUGGCAGGGAACAAAGAGUCUUCCAUCUUUAAAGAUCCUUGAUCUCAGCUAUUCCCGUCACCUCAUCGAAACCGGGGAUUUCUCUUUGGUCACCAAUCUAGAGAGGUUGAUUCUUAAUAAAUGCAGGAGCUUGGUUGAUGUCCAUGAAUCCAUUGGAAACCUGGAGAAACUUGUUUACUUGAAUAUGAAAGAUUGCGAAAAUAUCAGAAAGCUUCCAAAGAGCAUUUCUAUGCUAACAUCACUUGAAACACUUAUUAUAUCUGGUUGCUCAAGUCUUAAUGAGUUCCCAAUGGAGAUGGGGAAAAUGGAAUCUUUAAAAGUGUUUCAAGCAGAUGGGAUUCCGAUAGAUCAAUUACACACUUCCACUUUACCCUGCAAUUUAGUUGUUUUAAGUCUAACAAACUGUAAUCUCUCUGAUGAUGCUUUCCCAAAGGAUUUUGGUAACUUAUCCUCGUUGCAGAGCUUGGAUUUAAGUCAUAAUCCAAUUCGCAGCUUACCAGGUUGCAUCAGAGGCCUUACCGGGCUUGAUCACCUUGCAUUUUCCCAGUGUACGAGGCUCAAAUCGCUUGUAGGGCUACCACAAAUAACAGAACUUGUCGCGAUCCAUUGUGAGUCGUUGGAAAGAGUUACAUUUCAAUCAAUUUCGUGUCUACCAGAAAAGUUUAUUUAUGGUUACAACUUCAAGCUAGCUGAGAUUGAGUACUGGUACAAGUUAGAACCCAUUGGAAUGGUGGAUGUUGAAAUGAGAAAGCUCUUGGGCUUGUGCAACUUGAAUUCCACGGAAGCCAUUAGGAUGUACACCCCAGAUAGGCUCUCUUCAGGAGCUGGGACUAUGCAUCCCAUCCAGGGACUGCAUGAAUAUGGUAUAUUCAGCACAUUUCUUCCUGGAGAUGAGGUUCCAGGACAGUUCAGUGACAGAAGUGAAGGAUCCUCAGUGUCUUUUACUGUGCCUCCUUUACUUCCCAAUCUUCGGAUUCGAGGCUUGAACAUCUUCACUGUCUACACAGAGUGUUACAACGGUUAUUCCUCCUCUAGCAUACCUAAUCCACUGCUUAUCAGAGUCUGUAAUAAGACAAAGGGUCUGAAGUGGAUCUAUACACCAUCAUGCCAUGGCGUUCCAGACAACGAAAAACAAGUGGUGUGGUUAAGUCAUUGGAAGUUGGGGAGUGGAUUGGAAGGCAGCGAUGAAGUUACUGUUUCAGUGUUUACGAAACCUUUGUUUUGGGUGAAAGAAUGCGGCAUCCAGCUUGUGCAUGAGCAAGAAACCGAGAUGAGUACUCAACACAACACUACAGUUCCUAGUUAUGCAUCUGCCAUUGGUCGGGAUUUGUCAGAAUUUAUUCCAGGAACAUACUACCUAGGGGGUGGACCUUUUCUCAGACUAACUAGAGAAGAUGUUUUGGGUUGGAAAAAGGAAGUUUGGUUCAAUGACAUCUCUGGAGACUCUGAUGAAGGAACAGACAAAGAAGAAAUACAGCAGGGUGACGAGCCGCUUGCGCUGGUAGCAGCAGCCGAAACAUUAGUAGAAGCAGAGAGGGCGAGCAGAGGCAACAAGAUUCUCAUUAUGACUGCAGUCUUCUUUCUCUUCCUUUCUCUAAUCUCUCUUCCUUCUCUGUCUUUCCUGUCAAAGUACUUUAUCUGAAAUCUGAAUAGGCGAUCAAUCUUGGUGGGGGGUUUAUUUGUUUGUAUGUUUUUGUUAAUUAUCUG